AUGUCUGCACCUGAAAGAGGUUCAGGCCUGAGCUCCGAAGAACUCGUGGCAGAGAAGAUGCCUCCCGACCACGGGGAAACACAAGCACCUCUAUCUCGCUACUGCGUUGCCUGGUAUCUCGAUGCAGGAAGCAAGAGCCUCGAAACGGCAGCAGCGGCGGGAGUGACAGAUGUCCUAUGUGAAGCUUGUGACCAGUUAGGAUGGAAGAUACCAACAAAGAUCCAAGUUGAGGCUAUUCCAGUGGCUCUCCAAGGCAGAGAUAUCAUUGGCCUGGCAGAAACAGGUUCUGGAAAAACAGGAGCUUUUGCUUUGCCAAUUCUCCAAGCACUGCUGGAAACUCCUCAGCGUUUGUUUGCUCUUGUCCUCACACCAACAAGGGAGUUGGCCUUCCAAAUUUCAGAGCAGUUUGAAGCUCUCGGAUCCUCCAUUGGUGUCCACAGUGCGGUUAUUGUGGGUGGAAUUGACACCAUGUCUCAAUCUCUAGCCUUAGCCAAGAAACCACAUAUUAUAAUUGCAACUCCUGGCCGCCUAAUUGAUCAUUUGGAGAACACAAAGGGCUUCAAUUUACGAGCUCUGAAGUACCUGGUGAUGGAUGAGGCUGACCGGAUCCUCAAUAUGGAUUUUGAAACAGAGGUGGAUAAGUUGCUGAAAGUGAUUCCACGAGACCGAAAGACAUUCCUGUUUUCUGCCACCAUGACCAAGAAGGUACAAAAACUCCAGCGUGCUGCUCUUAAGAAUCCUGUUAAAUGUGCAGUUUCUUCCAAAUAUCAAACAGUUGAAAAGCUACAGCAGUACUAUAUCUUCAUCCCCUCUAGAUUCAAGGACAGCUACCUGGUUUAUAUCCUGAAUGAACUGGCUGGAAACUCCUUCAUGAUAUUCUGCAGUACAUGUAACAAUACUCAGAGGACUGCUCUACUGCUCCGCAACUUGGGGUUCACUGCCAUCCCUCUCCAUGGGCAGAUGAGUCAGAAUAAACGCUUGGGCUCCUUAAACAAGUUCAAAGCAAAGGCUCGGUCUAUUUUGCUGGCAACUGAUGUUGCAAGCAGAGGUCUGGACAUCCCACAUGUAGAUGUGGUCAUAAACUUUGAUAUUCCUACCCACUCCAAGGAUUAUAUUCAUCGUGUUGGGAGAACAGCUCGAGCUGGGAGAUCUGGCAAGUCUAUUACCUUUGUUACACAGUAUGAUGUAGAGCUGUUCCAGCGCAUUGAACACCUGAUUGGCAAGAAACUGCCAGCAUUCCCCACGCAAGAAGAGGAGGUCAUGAUGUUAACAGAACGUGUGGCUGAGGCCCAGAGGUUUGCACGAAUGGAGCUGCGGGAGCAGGGAGAGAAGAAGCGAUCUCGGGAUGGUGAUGAUGAUGAUACAGAAGAAGCUAUUGGUAUCAGGAAUAGAGUGGCUGGUGGUAAAAAGAAGAAAAGGAAAGCCUUCUAGUUCAUGUUUGGACAAACUUUUACCUUCCUGUUUGUGGCUC